GAGAGAGAGAGAGAGAGAGAGAGGACGUUCUGAACGAGAGAGGCUCCUGUAGCCCCCCCUCGGGAAAACAAAAACACCGGAGCCAGAAAUGCCCUACCGCCCAGCUGCGGAUUGCCUUAACAGGCUCAUGUGACGAUUUUCUUAUGGUUAUAAUUUGUUUGAAUUAUUAUUUUCGGAAUCAAUCUUUGGCCGUUUUGACGUUAGUUUACUGGCUAAUUGGUUAGCCAUCGAUUGAUGUGUGUUGUGGCUGUGAGCGCAGCGCUGGUGUUUGCUAUCCGGCCCAAAAUAGUGACAAUAAGGCUCUUAUCCGCGGCUUUUGUGCCUCGGGAGUUUCUUCAUCCAGCAAAACUACGAAGAAACUGGAGCAAAAUAAGAAGAAUGGGUGCGUUCUUAGACAAGCCAAAGAUGGAGAAGCACAAUGCUCACGGGGAGGGAAACAGCCUCCGCUAUGGACUCAGCAGUAUGCAGGGAUGGCGUGUGGAGAUGGAGGACGCACACACGGCUGUGAUGGGGCUGCCUUAUGGCCUCGGCCUUUGGUCCUUUUUUGCCGUUUACGAUGGGCACGCAGGCUCUCAGGUUGCCCGUUACUGCUGUGAGCAUCUGCUGGAACAUAUUACCAGCAACCCAGACUUCAGGGGAGGGUGCUCAGGAGGUGCGGAGUUAGUUGGUUCCGGGCCCUCUGUGGAGAGUGUGAAGUGUGGAAUCCGUACAGGCUUCCUGCAAAUCGACGAGCACAUGCGGGCCAUGUCCGAACGCAAGCACGGGGCGGACCGCAGUGGCUCCACGGCGGUGGGUGUGAUGAUUUCCCCUCAUCAUUUCUACUUCAUCAACUGUGGUGACUCCAGGGCCUUACUGAGCCGCAAGGGUCGCGUUCACUUCUUCACCCAGGACCACAAGCCAAGUAACCCUCUGGAAAAGGAGAGAAUCCAGAACGCAGGUGGUUCUGUUAUGAUCCAGAGGGUCAACGGCUCUCUCGCCGUCUCCCGCGCUCUCGGUGACUUCGACUAUAAGUGCGUGCAUGGAAAAGGCCCCACUGAGCAGCUGGUGUCCCCGGAGCCAGAAGUGUAUGAGAUCGAACGCUCUGAGGCCGACGAUGAAUUUGUGGUGCUGGCCUGCGAUGGGAUAUGGGACGUCAUGGCCAACGAAGAACUGUGUGAUUUUGUGCGCUCACGCUUGGAAGUGACCGACGACCUGGAGAGAGUGUGUAAUGAGAUUGUGGACACCUGUUUGUACAAGGGAAGUCGAGACAACAUGAGUGUGGUGCUGGUAUGUUUUCCUGGUGCCCCCAAAGUCAACCCAGAAGCCGUGAAGCGAGAGGCGGAGCUAGAUAAGUACCUGCAGAACAGAGAGGGUGGAGCAUGUAAAAAGGCGAAUAAAUAAAAAGUAUUAAAGACGAAGAGAGAGAGUUAUAGAGUUAUAGAAAGUGAACAUUCUUACUUAAUUAAGUGAGUUUGUUAGAUGGCAGUUAGCGCUUGCCUAAUUAAGUAUGCGUUACAGUUAACGUAAAGUUUCCAAUUAACGAAUCCCCAUAUUGGAGAGGAAAGACUCACUGGUACUGUAUUAGCACAGUUAGGACUAUUCAGGAUCAAUUUUACCAGAGAGAAACACAACAGUGUGAAUUUAUUUGAGCUUGUAUUGAUAAUUAGAGGCCUUUGAUUAUUUAUUGCCAAUAUUGAAAAGCACUUAACCAAUUUAGAGGUAGCCCUUCGCUUUACCAGAGAUUUUAUUGUAGCGUACCCAAAAAUCCUCCGCUCCAGUGUGUAUUAAACGUCUGUAUUGGCGUAUUAUUAGCUACUAAGUGAUGGUAAGUGCAAUUGUAGAUUAGGAAAAAGGAAUGACAAAACCCAAUAAUUGGUUCUGCACUUUGUCAUUAAACGCUGCUAUAUUUAAAGGCAUCUUCUAAUAACAAGAGAGAGACCAAAUUCGAGACCUCAGUUAGAAUACAGUAUGUUUAUGUGUCCGAACAGAAUUAAUACAAAGUGUAGUUUUGCAUUCUAUUCGUGACAGUUUGUUAUUUGGAUAGUUGUAUUCAUCAACUCGAGCAUGUGUUUAAGUCUAGCACCCGUUUCAUUUGCAUCUUCCUGAAAAGUCGUUCUAGAUGAGUGUAUGUCAGGCCUCCACUGCUGAUUCCCUGAAAUUGUAGCUGACACUACUGUACAUGGCCUGAUGGUGCAGUUUUGCGUCUACAGCAGUGGUCAUGAGCAUUUUAAUCUGCAUGAUUCCUGUUCUGUAAUAUGGAACAUUGUUGCCUUAGUCCUAAUUUACAGCGAGUACCUUGAUUAGAAUCGAUCGGUAAGUUAGCAUUCGGUACCCAACUCCCAACUGCUUGGAAGAGUAAUAUUAAAUCCAAUGACACAUGGUACUGAAAGCAUGCACAGUACGGAUAGCACGAUAAGUUGUGUACACCUCCUGCAUGGAAAAAAAACAAGGAAAGGUCUUAUUUAGGGUUAAGUUGGUCUGACAGAAGUUUUAUACUUUGUACAGUAUACAUUUGUAACCCCCGAGGAACAGCUUCCGUGUGAACUGAGCAUAGUAUUUGAAAGAUUGUGUCAAUGUUUUACAAUCCUCUCAGAGUUGUUUACUACUUGUUGCCUCAAACUGACACUUUGUCAAUCCUCUGGUUUGUCUAUAUAACUAUUAAGAAAAAAAAUGUAGUUAGGAAAUUCUAGGUACAUAGAGUGGGAUUCAGGCUGUCAGCACUUUCUGAGAUCCUUGUCGUUACAAUGAUUUAAUAUUUAUAGUGCGUAAUACUCUUUAAAACCUACAAGAUUUAGCUUUGAAUUCUCUUCCUGUACCUAAGAUCUUGCAAGCGUUUCAUUUAAUUUUUAUUUUUAAACCCCCUGGACUUGUCCUAACAUGGUGCGACACAUUAAGAUUUCAAUGCCAAGCAAUUUGUCUAUCGUUGAAGGGAUAGUUCACCUAAAAUUGAAAAUUCUUUCAUCAUUUAACUCGCCCUCAUGUUGUGCCAAGCUCAUAGAAACUCGUUGAAAGCUUUGGAUCCCAUUUAAUUUCACAAUAUGGACAGAAAUUCAGUAAAACAUUUCACUUGAAUUCGUUGAGCGCAGAAGAAAGAAAACCAACUCUUUAGUGGUUGGAGUAAACGAUGACAGAAUUUUUAUUUUUGGCAGAACUAAAAAUGGGGCGUGAUGCAACACAAUCAAUCACAAAACUCAGCCAAUCAGAACAGUUCCUGGAACAGUAUUGCUCUUUCACUCUUCAUUCUAACUUCCACAACCAGUUUCUCCUCAUCCACGGUUGAUGUUUACGAUGAUUAUACUUGACCAGUACUUCAGUCAAGUGAAUUUUGAGUGUGCACUAGGCAACUGGCACAGAAAAAGAUACCAUGCUAUCAGCAAAAUUUAGUGUUUCAUCUCGUCGCACCUGGUUAGGACACGGAAAAAGAACAGAAUUUGAUUUUCUUGGCUUGCAUUGGUAAAGGACGGGGUGUUCUGUUUAUUCAUCUAAAUUUCCCCUUAAAGCCAAAAGAUCCCAAAUGUUUUUAUCCCAUGUUGGUGUUUUACCAGAAUAUAUAUUUUAGCUUUAAGAUGUGUUUAACUGAAUGAAAAACAGUGUGCCUGCUCUGAGAGAACUCUUGAGAUUAAAAUGUUAAAAUGAUUGUAGGUCAUUCCUUUACCUUAUCAAAUUUACACUGCUUGGUUUGCUGUUGUAUCUCCUCACUGUUUGACAUGGCUUGAUUCACCUGCCGAUAAUCCACUGUUCAUCAAAUUAGCCUUAAUUAUUUUCUUCCAUAAUAGCACACCUGAGGGAUCUGUAUGCUUUGAGACACGUCACAUACCUACAAAGAGUGACUAGGUCCUUCUAGAAGAGCCUUUAAUUGUGCCUACGAGUGAGUCUACGGCCAGUUGUAGCAUUUAAAUGAACUUUUGAGAGUGAAAGUCUUUUGAGGUGUUUGUUUUGUAACAUUAUAGUCCACUCGUGCAUGAUUUAAGCAUAAUCGCAUUGGCGAGUACACUCGGCCCCUUACAAAAAGUGUCAUGCGAGUGAUUUAAACCAUUCACCUGAGAGUAUCGCAAAAGCACAACCCAAAUCCUUUGAGUCAAACAUUGGGUGGGACUCUUAGCGGAAAUAUUGCCUUACUGAAAAACAAAGCAGGUGUUAAAUGGGCCAUAAAGUAUCGUAUAAGACAUUGCCUUGAUUUGUAACACUGUAGUACCAUUAAAUUGAGAUGUAGACAUUUUCUUUCCCUAUACACGACUGUCCAUCUCCAAAGUUCAUUGGAUUUUCAGUGAAGCAACCAACUGCAAAUAAAAUAGUCCUUUGUAACACAGGAUCAUUUCAAAAUGUAUCUUCUGGAGUGUUAAACUAGGGCAAACAGAGCCCGUUUAUUGUCAUGUACUUGCGCUGUGUCACUUCUGUCUUUACCUCUCAGGUCCAAACUUGACAAGCAACAGAGGACACUAUUUAUUUGAAUUAUUUAUUGUCUUUAUUGUAUUUUACCUCUUUUGAAUGAAACUGUCCAUGCAUUCCAUUUUAUUUAGCCAAAUAAGCACUACUAAUGCAAUGAAAAGCUUCUAUUCUGUUUUCCUUGUAUUUAUUGUUAUACUUCCGUGUCAUGAGUGUAGUCCACUUGAACUGAAAGUUAUGGGAGUUAAAAAUGCAUCAUGUCUUGGGUUCAUCUACACAAAGUAGUUUCUUCUCAUAAUGUUCAUGCUUUUCACUAUUCUGUCAGAGUAGAUCGGUCCAAGGUUGAGGAUGUGUAAGGGUUACAAUCUAUGAUCGGCCCUUUCUUGACCCAGCAGACUGUUUGUGUCUGUGUUUGUUCAAUUUUACCUCUCAGAAGGUAACAGUUUUAUAAAGCUCAUUUUGAAAGAUUUUUCAAAUACAGUUUCAUAGAAAAGUAUUUCAAUAUUAGAGGGUGAGCAGCACCCAGUAUUUUCUUUCUUUAGUUUUUAUUUUUGUACAUUAGCACUCGGGUUUUAGCAAUGUAGAGAAACUGUGAUCUUGUCAUUCUUGGCUGUCAAAGAUGAAUCAAAUAAAAUUAUUUACGGAAACCCUGAA